GAGAGGGAGAGGAGUGGGAGAGAGGGGGAGCGUGGGAGAGGUGUGCAGCAGCCGACAACCCUCACAGCUGAUCCUCCUUGCCUCUCACCCUUCUCCCCUUCACCAUGUCCAGGAUCCUUUGCCGGACAGACCUGCUCUCUGCUCUCAAGUCUUUCUGCAGGAACUAUGGCGCAGUAGGGCAAACGCUUGGGAAGUCUCAGUAUCUAGAGAUCCGGGGGUCCCCGCAUGCCCUGCCGCCUUACCCAAGGAAGGUAAAGAUCGUGGAGGUGGGACCCAGGGACGGCUUGCAGAAUGAGAAGACUUUGGUGCCCACCAAUGUGAAGAUAGAGCUAAUCAACAAGUUAGCAAAGGCCGGACACCGUGCUGUGGAAGUGACCAGCUUUGUCUCACCAAAAUGGGUGCCACAGAUGGCUGACCACAUGGAGGUGAUGCAGGGAAUUCAGCGCCUCAGUGGAGUGUCAUACCCUGUACUGACACCAAAUCUGAAGGGAUUUGAGGCUGCGUUUCAGGCAGGAUGUGAGGAAGUGGCCAUCUUUGGGGCUGCCUCAGAGUCAUUCAGCCAGAAGAACAUCAAUUGCAGUAUCAUGGAAUCCCUUAAACGCUUUGAGGCAGUGGUGGAGGCAGCCAAGGCAAGAGGUGUAAGGGUGAGGGGCUAUGUCUCCUGUGUGUGUGGCUGUCCCUAUGAGGGACCUGUUGAUCCCAGGACUGUGGCUCAGGUUGCCCACACCAUGUAUGAGAUGGGAUGCUAUGAGAUCUCCCUUGGGGAUACCAUUGGUGUGGGCACACCAGGCAGCAUUCGCCACAUGUUAGAGGAAGUGCUGAAAGUGUUGCCAGCAGAUGUGUUGGCAAUACAUUGCCAUGACACCUAUGGCCAAGCACUGCCUAAUAUUUUGACAGCACUUCAGAUGGGGGUGAGUGUAGUGGAUGCCUCUGUGGCUGGCUUAGGAGGAUGUCCCUAUGCCAAAGGUGCUUCAGGGAAUGUGGCAACAGAGGAUGUGGUCUACAUGCUCAAUGGCCUGCAAAUAGAGACUGGAGUAGACCUUGACAAACUGAUUGAGGCUGGUAACUAUAUCUGUAAGGUACUCAACAGGCAGAACAUGAGCAAGGUAAGCUGUGCUAAGACCAAGGGUGGCUGAGCAACAUCUUGAUGAAUAGGGUCUACUUUAUCAUCAUCAUUAGCAUCAUCAUUAUCAUGACUUUCACCUAAUUGUAAUGCUGAAGACUUUGAGGAAUAAGUUUGGUCUUAGCUUCAUCUAAGAACAAAAGUGGGAUCAAAUUAUAACAUGGCAGGUACAAGAUAUUUUCUGUUACCAAUGGAGCAACAAACAAAGGAGUGUGUUAGCUUGUUGCCUGCUUAGUAACUACCUUCAUAGAUUGUAUUGAUGGAGGAAGGUGCUGAAUAUGCUAAAAUAUUUGUGUCAACAGAAAAUUAUGUAUAGUAUUACAUAGUUUUUAAUGGUACAUGGUCAUGUGUUGAAGCUCCUGCUUAAGGUUGUAGUUGUGUAGGGAUGUUAGGCUGCAACUGAAGUCAUUUAGGUCUGUAUGAUGUCAACUUCAUUCAGUAUUAUUAAUCUUCAUCAUCAUAUCACAAAGUUGGUGGAUCAUUUUGAGUAUGUCUGUGAUACAAGAGAUAAAAUAACAGUGUAGGAUGUCAUUUUAUUUCCAAAGGAGGUAUCUUGGGUGUUGUAGACAAUGUUACCAAGGAGAUUGUCAGGAAAUAGGUCACACAAAUAUGCUGCAUGUUGCCAGUGGUUGCAGAAAACUCAUGCAAGUGGUGGUCCACACAUGCACAUACACAAAGAGGAUUUCUGAUUUUGGAUGCUUAUGUAUGUUGCAAAUUAUGUUAGAUUUCUAUAACAUUUUAAGACUACAAAAUGCACUGUCAUGUUCAUAGAUAUUUUGAUGAACCUUUAGAAUGCACUUAAACUUGUAUUGCACUAAACAGAAGGAUAGUAUUUGAAAAAUCUAUUAUUCUGUGAAUUAGUAACUAACAUUUAGUACUUUUCAACAACAGUGUUCUAAAUGGAGGGGUGUGUAGUUAGAUUGUAGUUACAAGUCAUUUAGAUUUAUUAUCUCAUAUGCUGAGACUUAGAGGUUUGUGUUAUGUUUUCUACAAACCAAGCAAAAUUUAGGAGCUAUUCUUGUGUUCUCACCUACACCAUCACAUCAUCAUGUUCUCCCUCAGUCUUGUAAAGCAAGCUGUACAGAGAACAUACACAAGCUCCCUCCACUCCCUUAGUUUUCCUUCAGAUGAAAUUGAACUUUUUAUAUUUUUAUAGUGUUCAUUUAAUUAUAGUCAAACAUGUAAUCUCCCACUUUCACCUCAUUUGGCAUUUUCCCUAACUCCAAAGCCCUCAUUUGUUAAAAAUUUCACGUCGUAUUUUGCAAAUUGAUUGUCAGUGUACUGAAAGAUUUGAGAUGGUGAAAACUAAGCAUAGUAGAAAUGAGUUCGAUAAGUUGAAUUACUUAUAAUUAUCACUUUACCUUCUUGAGGUGUGAAAUUAAUUAAAUUAGUUGUAGAGGCAGGUAAAGAAUGUAGCAUUUCAAGUAAUAUAAGUUCUUUGUAAGUUCCUAGUGGUGCACCAAUAGAGUUGCCGUGUAGGAAAGAGUUUUGAUGUUAUAAACAUAAGUUGGCAUAAUCAUGGUAAUCUAUUGCGAUAACUUGUCAGGUUAUCAGUUAACCCAUAAUUAUUUUUCCGGCAUUAUUAAUUUAUCUGUUUUGCCGAUGCUUUUGGUUCCAAACUAGUGAUAAUCAAUAAUUUUGGCUUUUAGAACAUCAAAAUGUUGAAGUUUUUAUUUUUUCAAUUGAAAUGUUAUUUGAUUUAAAACUACUUUCCAUCAGUGAGUUUACAGGAUAAAUAUUAAACUUGAAAUUUUUACAAUUUUUUUCUAAGUUAGCUAAGUUUUGUAAGAUAAGAAUAAAGAUUUGUGUUUAUUGAUAAUUCUUGAAAAUUUAGAAUAUCAAUGUCACUAUUUCUAGUAUCAGAAUUUUGGAGGGUUUAUCAGUUAUUGAUUGUUAAGGGAUAUGUUCAUCGCUGGUUAUUGCUGAUAAGGUUAUUGCUAUCGAUUUAUCGUGGUAAUUCUUUUUAUUGUUGUGCCUAGCUGUGAUUAUAAAGUAAUACUUUUCUUUGAAUUCAAACAGUACUGUAGUUCCUUUACAAAUUUGGGACUGAAAUUAGUGGAGAAUUAGUGAGAGGUUUAGAAAUUCCUAUGAGAUGCAAUGCUUUGUUUACUCUAUUGUAUGGUCAGGUAUGCUUUGAACUAUAGACAAACUAAGCAUUUUUAUAAGCAAUUCCAUCAUGAUAUUAAAUUUGAUUCGCUGAAUCAUUAAGAAUUUGUGGAGAAAUAUAUAUAUAUAUAUAUAUAUAUAUAUAUAUAUAUAUAUAUAUAUAUAUAUAUAUAUAUAUAUAUAUAUAUAUAUAUUGAUUUUUUUCUCUUUCUACUUCUUACCUAUGAUUGAAUUGUAUAGAUAGAUUGAUGGAUAUCAAAGGUGUGUUCAGUGGAGCCAUUGUGAAUUUUAACCAUUGAAUUCCUAAUGGUAGUGUGGAGCUUAUUACUUGAUUGGAUUAACCUUAGAUAAAUAUGUAAUGUAAAAAGUAAAUAUUUAAGCUCCAAAAUGCUUACACUAUCCAUUAUGUCUUCGUCCCACUGGAUGACGACUGUUGAGCUCCCUUUCUGUCCUGUGAAAAUGGAUAGGUUGUGUUGAGGUUGCCAGAAAAUGGAAAAAGUUAAUUUUGGUGGGACUGCUAGCAGCACUCUUGUUGUGCCAUGGUAUUUAUUUUUCCACCAAUUUCUGUAUUUCUGUGGAUGACCACGACAUUCUCACUGCUACUCCAAGCAUCCUUACAGUGUUCCAUGGCUGACCUAUGUGCUUUUACUGCGAUCAGUGAGCCUCCAGUGUUUCUUCUUUGAACACGUUUCAGACACUGAUACCAUCCACUGAGCUUCCUUUGAAUGCUCCUUAGGCAACAUUAGCCUACCCCCGACCAGAAUGACAGCUGAAGAACCCUUUGGUGUUCCCUAAGAUUUUUAUUUAUAAGAGGGGAAUCUAGUGACAGUCUUCAUUUGCAUCUCACACUUGCGUUGAGAGGGUCACACUGAUAUCAUGAACAAUGAAGUCCUGUGGCUUGUAACGGUAUGAAAAGAGUGAAUGUUAUGAUAAUGCCGUGACUUUGCUUAGCGUUGCCAGGAACUACCAAUAAUUCUUCUACGUGGUUGAAGAAUUUUAAAGUGCAGCAAAAUGAAUAAAUAAAUAAAUAUAUGAUAAUAAAUAGAUAAAUAAAUAAGUAAAUUAAUAAAUAAAUAAGUAGAUUAAUUAGAUUAAUAAAAAUCAGUAAAAUUAGAUAAGGAGCAAAAUAGUAAAAUUAGAUAAAGAGCAAAAUAGUAAAGAGAUUAAAUAAAGUAGAUAAAUGAAAAUGAAAGAAAAUGGAUAGAUAAAAAAUUAAAUGAAAUCAAUGAAAAGUAGAGUAUAUAAAUGGACUACCAAACUGCUUCCUCUUUAUGACCGUACUGCUCCUUGUACACCCUUGAAACUCCAUUCUGUGCCACUCUCGCCUCCAUACCACAAUCCAUUGUGAUGGCAACCAAGCUGUACAAGUUUUCAACAUGUUGUAAAAUGGUCCCAAACUAUGGCUUUUUCUGUUUCGUAUCCAUGACCCUACUCUCUCCAUGAAGACCUUCCUAUCUCCUUCUGAUGACCACUGGCGACAAAGCCAAUUUUACAUGCAUAGAAGGGUCAUACAAUGGUCGGCAUUCCAGUGGAAUGGGAGUUUUAUUCCUUUUUGCCAUCAGUGGUACCAUUCAGAAUUGUACUGAACAUAGCACCAGAACACUUUAAGCUUAAAGCUGAAGAACCUAGAGUAGCCAAAGAGUUAAUGUACACCUGUGUGUGUUUCCUCCGUGGGGACAUCUAGGAAAGGAUAUAACAGGGAAGAUCAGAAGGAGAGUAUGAAAUACUACCUGGCCCUCACUGUCACCCUGUGCCAAGAAUCUGACCAUUAUUAUGGAGUACAGUAUUGUACUGGCUGAAGCAAAGCAUUGUUAUUAUAGACUGACAUUGAUCAGGAAUUAACUAAAGAUGUUCUUGGUCACUGCUCACCAUAUGUGUGAUUUUAUAUAAUUGUAAUAGUACAUUGGAUCUGAAUUGCUUAUAUUUUUACAUUAAAAUGUGAAUCAAGCUUCAUAA